AUGAUUAAUCAAAGUAUGCAGCCUAGCACAGGACGUUCUACGGUUUUGCCACGAAUACGAUGGAUCGAUUUGAUGGCUCAUACCAGAUGUGUAAUAUCAGCAACCGACGCUAUCUCUCAUCUUACCAAUCAGCCGAUCAUUCAAUUUGCCCAUGACAAUGUCGAAGAGACACAGAGCAUAACCACGCUUGAUCUUCAUAGACAUGCAAUUAAUGACACGAGGGCAGAAGAUCUUGCUAAUGCCUUAGAACAUGAUACAACAUUGAUUACACUGGAUUUAAGCGAAAAUCAAAUUACAGACAUAGGAGCUCAGUAUCUCGCUAAUGCUUUGCGAAAGAAUACGACUCUAACUACACUGAACAUGUCAGCCAAUCGAAUUGGAUAUGAGGGAGCCCGAUGUCUUGCCGAUGCUUUAGAAAAUAAUAUGGUGAGUCUCGCUUACCAUAAUGAUUUUCCUAUCAAUCUCUCAUUCUUUUGUCUAUUUUGAAAAGACACUGACAACAUUUCAUCUCGAUAAGAAUCAUAGUAGGUUUUGUGUUGUUAUUGAAGCAGUAAUCAAAAUUCGGAACGACAAAGUCAUAUACUGAUAUUCGUUUUUUUUUCUUUGUCAAUUGAAUAUCAAUCAUUUCCAUUCACAGGCAUUCACCAUAGUGGAUAUCUCGAACAGUCAAAUUCAAGAUGAUGAGGUACAAUAU